CCACCUCCCGCUCUCCUCGAGACCAAUCACGGCCGCGCCCCGUCCACCGGUCCCGCCCCCCCGGGGAGAAAGAACCAAUGGGAGGCUAGACUCCUUCAGCCGCUCAGCCAAUCAGCGACGGAGCUCGGGGGAGGAAAAAAAAGCCACCGCAAAAAAACGGCCACAGCGGCCGCCUUCCGGUGCAGCCCCCGGAGGUGAGGGUCGCUCCGGCCGCCGGGCUUUGCUAUGGUGCUGGAAGCCGUCGGUCUCGGCGUUCCUCUGAGCUCCGCGGGGCCAGCUGGGCGACCCGCGUCAUGACCUGGCCGCUCGGUGUGGGCGUGCCCGUCAUCAAGUCCCGACGCCAUUUUACGCCAGAGGCCGCGACCAGAGAGACGUCUCAAGAUUUAAGAAACCAGACCAUUACAGAGUUCUUCAAACCCAUUUUAAACCAAGACCUUGUCCAUAAAGACAGAACUGUAUUGUGCUCACCAGACAGUGGAAAUGUAAAAGAUGCAGCUUUGUGUGCUGAGCAUUUUGAAAAGAAAGUGUCUUCUCCAAAAAAGGUCAGAAGAAAAAAGAUGCCAGACCGAACACGAAACACAAGUCCUGUGUUAGAUGCCUUUCGGAGGAGAAUUAAAGAGAAAAAAGACAGUGCAAAUGUUUCAGAGAAUGGCAGAGCAUGCAAGGCACUGGGUUCGUUGUACCCAAAAGUUGUGAUUAAAAAACUCCUUGUUAAUCCAGGGUCUCAAACCAGCCAUUUCGUGGUGAAAAGGGAUAAAACUGUCAAGUCAGAUCAGGGAAGAAAUGAGAAGUGUCUAGGAGUAACAAGAGCACCAUUGUCUUGUGGAAAUUGUUGGGAACAGAAAACUGACUGUAUGGAUCUAGAAGACACAAGUUCAGACUCUGACAAACGAGUUUCAUCACCAGAAGCUGAUACUCAAGCCUGUGAUAGAAACAAUGGCACUGUGAACAGCACAGCUCUGCGCCAAACCUCAGGGCUUCCCAGGAAACUGCCCUGCACACCAAAUGACUCUGAAGUCACGAUGUCACUGGGAGCUCUCUGCAUAGAAAGGAAGUCAUUCUCAGGAACAAGCGUAUCACAUCAGGGAAAUGGAUUUCCUUUAAGAAAAAUACUGCAUUCUGGUUCAAGGAAGAUUGCCUCAGGUAGAAGCAGUGUUGAUAAUAUGGACUUAAUGAAACAAUCAGAUGACCCAUCUCAACCAAAGCCAAAGCGGGUCUACAGACAUGAGGCAUCUUCUUCAAAUGCACUGAGAACAUCAUCUGAGAUGGCUGCUGGUGUGCAGAAGACCCAGUCUGUUCCUUCAUGCUGCCUUAGAACUAAGAUGUCUUCUGGGCGAUCAAAACAAAUAGACUUUCCUGGGAAAAGAAAACGUGCUGCCAUGAGUGUGGAUGCAGACAGUUCAAAUCGGUCUGAAGUAUCAAGUUUGAAUGAACCUGCUUUUAGUAGAUCACCUGCAAAAUGCAAAAAUAGAAAGUCUCACUUUGUUAAAAAUAUCCUUUUAAAGUCUACUUGUGGUGGUGUUCUGCAGCUGAUGGAGGCUGCUGCUCUACCUAGACAUGAUUCUUCUCUCCCAGAGGAAUACCUCAACUCAAGCCAUGAAAAUGAGAAAAAUAACUGCUCCUCUGUUGGUUUGUCAUCUUCAUAUUCUGCACACAAUCCUGGUAAGAAUAACCACAUUUCAGUUGUGGAUACCAAAGAGAAUCAAUUACAGGUGGCUAACUCAUGCUUUUUCUUGGAAAAGUCCCCUCCUUUUUCUCAGGAAAAAAGUGCUGUGUUGCCUUCUCUCCAUCACUUAACACAUACAAAAGGGGUGAAAUCUCAUCCCCAGAACACUGGCUUAUCUCAGGUAUUGGAUGCUAAGAAAGAGCAAGAUGGGAAAAUAACAGAAAGAUGUGCUUAUGGUAUUCAAUCCAGCAACAGGUUUUCACAAACAAAAGAUGAGACUUCCGAAAGUGGUUCUGGUUCAGUGGAAGGAUCUGGGAAACUGGCAGUCUCCAAAGGUACUGGUAAAAGUGUUCCCCAUUCAUUGUCUUUUAAGGAAGGGCCCAUGGACAGUGGCUAUAAGUCUUCACAACCCUCGAGGGAUUUAAAAGUUGAAAGCACCUGUAAGUCCAAGUCCAAGCUGAGUGGAAAAUCAAAAAGCAGCUUUGACAGCGAAGAUGAAAGUUUGGAAUGCAAUCUAGAUGACGAUGAUGAUGAAGAACUUGUGCCACUGCAAGAAAUCCUCUUUUCAAGUUCCAAGCCACAGGCAGGUAACCUGGAAGAAUCUUCUGACAGUUUUUCUCCGGUCAAUAUGAGUCCAUUACUGAAGCUUCAUUUGUCUCGGCCUCCUGUUGUUAGCCAAGUGUCAUAUGUGAACAGCCUAGAACACCUCUUGAAGGAGAAAGAAGAAUCAAAAAGGGUAGAUGAACUAGAAAAGCGGUUGCAGGAAGACCUACAAGGAGAGGAAGCUGAUUCUUCAGAUGGAGAAAAUGAGGAGAAUACCACUGGAGAUGAAGAUCUCUCAGAAGAACACAGGGCAUUUAUAAAGAGGUUUUCAGUAGUAACUCAUGCCAUACCUGACUACCACCCUGGAGAAGAUAUAUUUGAUUUAUCAACCUCUGGGAAAAUCUUCAGUCAACACAACCUGGACUUCAGGAAUUUUCAUUUCAUCCCUCAAAAUCCUAUAGAAAAGCUACUUUUUAAUUCCAGUGUAACACAGCAACUUUCUUUAGCUAUUAAUGGUUUUCUAAGUUCUGCUUACAGUUGUAUCUUGUGUCCCAUACCAAUUCUGAAGUGGCUUUUCCAGGUGAUGUCUGUUCAUCCUGACUAUUGUGUUUCCACCCAGGUUUUAGACAGAUUGAUGGAGAUAACACUAAAAAAUGCUUCCAUCAGUGAUGAACAGUCUAAACCAUGGAUUCCUUCACUAGCCGAUGUGUCAGCUGUUUUUGUCAAUAUGGGUGUUGCGUUUAGAUCUCUCUUUCCAUUGCAGCAGCUUCAGCCCAACUUUAACGAGUAUGAUAUUUUAAGUCAGAUGCAAGAAACAAUGAGUAAACACCAGCCAGGAGGAGAGCUAACCUCUGCCAGUCCAGCCUUUUCCAGUCUACCAGAGAACAAUUUAAUCAAUGUGAUUAAGUUUCUAGGUUUCUGUACAACAGUAAUUCAAGGUGGAUAUACUGAUCAAGAAAUAAUGCUGCUGCUUCUAUUGCUAUUUAAAAUAAGCUUGGAGAAACAGUUAAAGCAUGUUCCUUUGAUAGAUUUUCAGUGCCUUUUCCUGAAGCUUCUGAUAAGAAUAGAAGACUGGGAUACAAAGAUGCCUGAGCUCUGCCUGGCUCUGAGUGAACUCUCCAGUCAUCACCAUAAUCUCCUAUGGCUGGUUCAGCUGGUGCCUAGCUGGGUAACACGUGGACGGGAAUUAAGAAGACGUCUUAGCCUGGUGAUAAUUUCAAAGCUUCUCAAAAAGGAUGUGGAAAUACCUGAGGACAGUGACAAACAGAUGUCUCUUCUGCUUCAGUUUCUUGUCUACAUGAAACCUUCUAAUCUACUAAAGAAGAUGAGGGAAAGACUGGAGCAGCAGGAUGCUGAUGGAGACCAGUGUCAUGCAGAACUAGAACAGGAGGCAUACUACCUAAUCUACAUCCUCCUUCAUCUAGUCAGUGAAGCUAGUAUCUUUGAUCGUGUAAAUUCUAAUCAAAGGUCUAUUAUUCACUGACCUGUUAUAACCAUCAAGUGGCAAGAGGGGUAUGGCUGAUUACUGUGCAGGCUGGGCUUUGUGUAAAAUCAGUAUAACUGUUUCAUUCCUGGUCCUCUUCCAGUGAGAUGAGGUAAAUUGUCAUGGUCUUGAGACACCAGCAAAUGUUUAUAUUUAGAGUUUUGGGAUGUCUCACCUGCUGUGCAGAGCAGAGCCUAUUAGAAGCUCUUCGGUGAGAGAUUGAAAACAGGAAUCUUAUAAAGGAGUUCACAGAAUGGGAAAGAUCUUGGGAGCCCAUUAUCAAGAGAUUAUGAAGUUACAAAACUGCUUUAUUAAGUAAUGAGGAAUUUUGAGAUAAAUCAGAGGUCAGUGCAAAAACCUUGGCUAUGUUUUACCUGCUUAGUUAAUUCCUACAAAAGAAAAUGACCGGAGUCAUUGCUGAAAAGGUUAUUUUUUAGCUAUUGUAACUUCUGAACUUUUUUUGCUGAUAAAUGGCACUGCACUUGCUGCCUUGGGAACAGACAGGACUUACAAAUUAGCUGGUAGAAACUGUAGCAGGCUACACAUCACAAAUUUUAUACUUCUAAACUCUUUUUUUAAAGCUCUUACAUCUGCUGUACCAGGGCCAUGCCAGCAACCGACAGAGGAUCUUAUGGUCUUGUUUUCUUUCUUUCUUUCUUUUCUUCCUUCCUUACUGUAUAUUUCUGAGGAAAAAAUCAACUUGAUGCAUAUUGUUUUUAAAUUGCAGUAAUGUCUGAAGGAAGCUUUUAGUUUUGACAUGGAGGAUUUAAAGAGCUGUACACUU